CUCUUGCCUCACUUCAACACGUCUUCCUGUUUUGUGAUCAUGUGAAUCAUUUUGAUAUAACAGUGAAGUAGACUGAUAUUAGAGAUUUGUAUACCAACCUCAAGUCAAAGAGGACAUUUGGCCAUUUGAAAGUGAAGAGAUUAGAGCGAGUACAUCGGGACUCGUUUGGUCCUAUAUACUGUAGCAAAACAGCGCUGAGUGGAUUUUUAGUGCAGCAGAAAGAACUGUUGCUCGGCAGUGGUGUCGGUCUGGUCUUUCUGAGGAAGCGCUGUGGUUGAGGUGUCUGCUGCUGAGUGGAGCGGUGCUACAGACAUGCUCUUCCCCAUCCGCGUCAUUGGACUUCACUGAACACAACAUCUGAAUACAGUUUAGAGUUUAAACUUGAGCAUAUAGAUAGAUUUUUUUUCUCCCUGUAAUGUUACAUGAUUUGAGCUUCCUGUUUUAAUUUAAUUAGUUCACUAGUGGGAGAUUCGGGAGUAAGGUAAACAUUUUGGCAUAUCAUAUUUUGAUAUUUUGUUUAAAUUCAUUUAGAAUUUGAGCCAGAAUGUAUUUGUUCUGCCUAUUUGCUUUGUGAAAUGUUGACAUUUUGUAUGCCUUUUUGCCUUUUCAAAAAACGUGUUAUCUGGUAAGUUUGUUUGAAACACUUUUUUUGUAGUGAGGUUUUCACAUUUUCAUCGCUAGCCAUAAAGGCAUAAAUUACUUCUUGCGGUCUUCAAUUCCAUCCUGCAAUUAAGAUUAGGAGUUUAUUUUUGCUUUGUGCUUUUAGGAAAUGAUCAUGUACAGUAUCAUCAUCUUUCAAAUCAAAGCUCUGUUGUCGUCUCACCAGGUGACUUGACUGAUGACAUCUUCAAGACGGCUAGCUGCAGAGAUUUGUCAUUCCUCUUUUAUAAGGGCCUUCUUCUUCCAUUCCAUUAGGUUGAGUCUACAAAACCCACUGUGCCCCUGCUGCUUCUCGCUUCCCCACCAUGCCUCGCUCUUUCCUGGUGAGGAGGGGGGGCUCUCACCCUCUGCGCCCCAAAGCAGGUAGCCCCUGCUUGGGCACGACCCUGGUGCCAGUGGGUCCCUCAGAAACGGACAAGAGGCAGUGGGGUACCCUUCAGGGACAGCCGUCACCGAAGAGUGCAGUGUCUCUAGUGACACACAAUGAGGCCUACCCACCACAGCCCUCUCCACCUCCAGCCCUCCACCCUGCCUCACAUAGCCCCCCUUACCUUCACCCCACCAGUCCCAUGUUUUCAGGUGAUAGAGCUGCGCUGCACCACCACUCUCCCUCCCAGUUGAACCCUGGCAGCCCUGCUGAAGAGGUGGACUCUCCCCUCCCGGGAGAGACCCGACACAGAGACUGUCCCCAGAUCAGUGACCACAGGACCACUGGGACUGAAUGUCCACUGUGUGGAAAAAGUUUCUUUUCUGUCUCCGGUCUGGAGUCCCACGUCCACAAGUCCCAUGGUGGCAGACACAAGCAGUCGUCAUCAGCACACACAAAGACUAACAGUCAGCCGUACCGCUAUAGGCCAGACCUGGUUUUGAGCUACAGGGUCAAGGAGCGUACGUUUGGCUGUAAGGUGUGUGGGAAAGUGUUCAAGCGCUCCUCCACCCUAUCCACUCACCUGCUAAUCCACUCUGACACGCGGCCCUACCCCUGUCAAUACUGUGGCAAAAGAUUUCACCAGAAAUCUGAUAUGAAAAAACACACCUUCAUUCACACUGGUGAGAAGCCCCAUGUGUGCCAGGUGUGUGGCAAAGCCUUCAGCCAGAGCUCCAACCUCAUCACCCACAGUCGUCAGCACAGUAGCAACCAGCCCUACCACUGCCUCUAUGGCUUCCAGCGCAAACAGGAGCUGAGACAAAACCAGAAGAACUACCGUACAUAGACCUUUAGGUCAAGACCCUGGCUAAGAGCUGAUCUGAGUUCAGUUUUCACAAUCGGGAGAUUGGUCAUAGCUGACCCCAGAUCAUUUUUUCAUUAUAAGGGCACAACUGGACAAGCGUAACAGAAGCUGGGGAUGGAUGGAAGAAUGGAUGGAUGCUCCACAAAAAAUUCUAACAAACAUUUACCUUGACUGUAGUUGAAUCCCAACUGUAUAUUUUGCCUACAUAUAUAUUUCUGUUUUUUCAGUGUAAUCAUAGGGUCAUAUCUGAAAAUAUGUUGAAAACACCUUUGAAACAUUCCAAUCCCAUUUAUAUUCCAAAGUAUCGCUUUCUUAAGUGUGUGCAUUAAAACUCUUUGUUAUCCACUUUCAGAUUUGGAUAACAACAAGAUAUUAUUGUUA